AUGAGCUCACGACGACCGGGUGUGCCGCGACCUGAAGCAUGGGCUGGGGCCUCGAUAUGGAUAAGACGGCUGAAAUCGAAUGGCCAGUGA